AUAAAGCAAAUAAACUAGAAAAAGAAAAGAAAAAACAAAACUGAAAAUCACGACCUAAUAGCCCACCAAGGAAUCAGAGAAGAGAACCUUCUUAUCAAUGGAUUUCCUUCAAAACCCAAGAUUUGUUGUAUGUAUAAGUAAUUACAGUCCUCUAUUUCUUUAACCAAUCACAACUCCACAAUCUCUCUGCCUGCGUCUUUCUCUCUCUAGAUCUAUCUUUAUUACAACCUUAUUUUCUGUUAGAACAUUCUAAAAUCCCUUCCCUUGGAUUUUUUUUUUCUUCUAAUAAAUCCUUCAAAGUUUGGGCCUUUUUGCUUUUAUCUUAAGGCUUUUGCAUUGAAGGAUCAUAAAGUUUUGUUCCUUACCUCUUGAAAUUGAUUACAAGGGUGAUGGUGUCUGCAAUUUGACUGGCCAGAAUCCCUCAAGGCAACUACUUAUAGAUUCUCGAGAUUAAUGGUGUCUGCGCUCAAUAAGGGUUUAAUUUCUGAUACAUCUUUUGUGGGGUUGGAGAUUGGUGAGAAACAAGAGCCAAGAACAGUCUCUUAUAUACUUAUUGAUACUGAUUCAAGGAAUAGUUUGAUUUCUGGGUUAUUUGGGAGAGAAUAUGUAAGUAAUGGUAUCCGCAACAUUGAUGAGAUUUGUUUCACCUUGUUGGAAGCCUUCCGUCGAGGGUGAAAAUUCAAGUAAUGGUGGGGAUGCUGCUGGUAGAGCUGAGGGAUUGUUAUGGUACAAGGAUUCAGGUCAGCAUGUUAAUGGGGAAUUUUCAAUGGCAGUAAUUCAAGCGAACAAUCUAUUGGAAGACUGUAGUCAUCUUGAAUCAGGUCCAAUGAGCUCAGCUGAAUCAGGUCCUCAUGGAACAUUUGUUGGAGUUUAUGAUGGCCAUGGAGGUCCAGAAGCUGCCCGGUUUGUGAAUGAGCGCCUUUUCGAAAACAUCAAGACUAUUCAUGGUGCAGAAUUCACGUCAGAAAACAAUGGAAUGUCAGCCAAUGUUAUCAACAAAGCAUUUUUGGCAACAGAAGAGGAAUUUCUCUCUCUAGUGAAGAAGCAGUGGCUAAAUAAGCCACAGAUUGCUUCUGUUGGUGCAUGUUGUUUGGUAGGUGUAGUAUGCAGUGGUGUUCUCUACAUUGCAAACGCAGGAGAUUCUCGGGUUGUGUUAGGAAGACUGGAAAGGGCCAUUAAGGAGAUCAAAGCAGUUCAGUUAUCAUAUGAACAUAAUGCAAGUAUAGAAUCUGUGAGAGAGGAGUUGCAUUCAUUGCACCCUGAUGAUCCACGUAUUGUUGUUCUAAAGCACAAGGUUUGGCGUGUGAAGGGUCUGAUUCAGAUCUCAAGAUCUAUAGGUGAUGCCUAUCUGAAAAGGGCGGAAUUUAACAGAGAACCUCUGUUAGCUAAAUUUAGAUUGCCUGAACCCUUCGAUACACCAAUUCUUAAAGCUGAGCCAACAAUUUUAGUGCAGAAACUCUGCCCUGAAGAUCAGUUUCUUAUCUUUGCAUCAGAUGGCCUGUGGGAGCACCUAAGCAAUCAGGAGGCAGUUGACAUUGUCCACAGUUGUCCGCGUAAUGGUGUUGCAAGGAAACUUCUCAAAGCUGCACUUUGUGAAGCAGCAAAGAAAAGAGAAAUGAGAUAUUCAGACUUGAAAAGGAUUGAUCGUGGUGUCAGGAGACAUUUUCAUGAUGAUAUCACAGUCAUAGUUUUGUUUCUUGAUUCGAAUCUUGUCAGUCGCAGCUCCUUCCGUGGCCCCCUAAUUUCAAUCAAGGGAGGUUGUGGUGUCUCUGGAAAUGGCAACACUUAGUUUGAGAAUUCUUGUUCCCUCUAGCCCCAUUUCUUCAUUCGUACUGAGAAACUCUUUUUUUUUCUUUGAAGAGGAGAGAGUUGAAAGAAUCCCCCCUCCCUUUUUUUCCUUGUUUUGUCAAUUGUAUAGCCACGCAUCUCAGAAACCUACUUAUGUAACGUCUUAAAAGACUUCCUUAGGUAGUAUAGUUGAUGCCUUGACUGACAGAUACCUUAACUAAAGCCUUAGUUGCUGUCUGGUUAUUGGCAUAUGAUACUUGCUAAACUACCUACUUACAGUAGCUGUGGUUUUACUCAACUGCCUUGAGAACUAGAAAAAAUAAUCCCAUUUAAAUUGAGAGUCACUAUGUUAUUCAGUUUUA